AUGGAUUCCUCAAAGCCAAUGGAGUCUAGCACUCUGAAGGAGGAUAAAUACAUCAACUUCCCUUCUUUGCCCACUGAUGCGAAGCAUCCAGAUGGUACCCCCGCACUCAACCGUCACUCUCAUACUAUCACCAAUGGCCAUGACUUUCCCGGUGCACGGGCUAUGCUCUUUGCCGCCGGUGUCCCCGACAAGGAAACGAUGGCUACGAGCCCACACGUCGGCAUCGCCUCAGUAUGGUGGGAAGGAAACCCAUGCAACAUGCACCUGAUGGAUCUGGCCAAAACAGUCAAGAAAUCAGUUAUGGAACAGAAUAUGCUUGGCUGGCAGUACAACACGAUUGGUGUUUCGGAUGCACUCGCCAUGGGGAGUGAAGGUAUGCGAUUCUCUCUUCAGACCCGGGAGAUCAUCGCCGACAGUAUCGAGAGUGUGACCUGCGCGCAAUAUCACGAUGCAUGCAUUGCUAUCCCCGGUUGCGACAAGAACAUGCCUGGUGUUGUGAUGGGUAUGGCUCGCCACAACCGCCCAUCUAUCAUGAUAUAUGGUGGAACAACUGGAAUCGGUUACUCUGAGCACCUGCGCAAACGGAUCAAUGUCUCAACGUGCUUUGAGGCUGCGGGUGCCUACUCCUACGGUACCCUGCGCCAGCCCGAUGAUGGUGGAGACCAAACCAAGACUCAGGACGAAAUCAUGGAUGACUUGGAACGGCAUGCUUGCCCUGGCGCCGGCGCCUGUGGUGGUAUGUUCACGGCAAACACCCUGGCUACUGCCAUUGAGUCGAUGGGUCUGUCUCUACCCGGCUCAUCCUCCACCCCUGCUGAGUCGCCCUCUAAGAUGCGCGAGUGUGUUCGUGCUGCAGAUGCCAUCAGGGUCUGUCUGGAAAAGAACAUCAAGCCGCGGGAUUUGCUCACCAAACGGUCAUUUGAGAAUGCUCUGGUUAUGACAAUGGCGCUGGGCGGAAGCACCAACGGUGUUCUUCACUUCCUGGCCAUGGCGCGGACGGCCGGUGUUGACCUGACACUGGAUGAUAUCCAGCGGGUCAGCAACAAGAUCCCCUUCAUCGCUGACCUCUCGCCCAGUGGCAAGUACUACAUGGCCGAUCUGUAUGAGGUUGGGGGUGUUCCAUCGGUUCAGAAGUUGCUAAUUGCAGCGGGUCUCCUUGAUGGCGACAUCCCCACCGUGACUGGCAAAACACUGGCUGAGAACGUAGCCUCGUUCCCCUCACUCGCCGAGGGUCAGGAUCUUAUCCGGCCUUUGGACAACCCAAUCAAGUCAAGCGGCCACCUGCAGAUCCUACGUGGCAACCUUGCACCGGGUGGUGCAGUUGCUAAAAUCACCGGAAAGGAAGGUCUCACUUUCACUGGCAAGGCCCGUGUCUUCAAUAAGGAACACGAGCUCAACGACGCUCUGAACGAAGGCCGCAUUCCUCGCGGCGAGAACCUCGUCAUUAUUGUGCGCUAUGAAGGUCCCAAGGGUGGUCCCGGAAUGCCGGAACAGUUGAAGGCCAGUGCAGCUCUGAUGGGAGCCAAACUGACGAACGUGGCGCUCAUCACUGAUGGACGUUAUUCAGGCGCCAGCCAUGGUUUCAUUGUCGGCCACAUUGUACCUGAAGCCGCAGUGGGCGGCCCGAUUGCGCUCGUGCGCGACGGAGAUAUCAUCACCAUUGACGCUGAGACGAACUCGCUCUCUAUGGUUGUGUCGGAUGAGGAACUUAAGGAGAGGCGACGUCAGUGGAUGCCUCCUUCACCGCACAUCACCCGUGGUGUGCUGGCGAAAUAUGCGCGAUUGGUCAGUGAUGCAUCGCAGGGAGCCAUGACCGAUUUGUUUUGA